UCAUCAGAGUGAAGAUGCUCGCUCGAGGUAGCCACCCCGUUUCGCCCUCGUUCUGAUUCAGGCCUGGGGUAGUCGUUGGACGUUCACGAUGUCCUUUUUGAAAUGCAGGAGGCUGUGAUGUUGUCUGGUAAUUCGGACGAUAUGUAUAGUGAAACUGAGGAAUGUAACAAACUUGUUACAGAUGCCUUAAACCCAACGUUUGCCCAUGAGCCCAACACCGAUCAUGAUUAUGUCGCAGUAGAGGGCGAUUCCAUACUCUGCAGGCUAUCCAGGCUGACGUUGAAGCCCCUGAUCACCGGACCCUUGCACAACUGGCUCUGUCUACUGUUGGUUCUAACAGGGAGUGGUGUAGUGCACGGGGCGGACGCAGGAUCGUCGUCAUGUUCACGUUCUUCAGCAAUUCACUGCAGCGGCAGUCGCUUCUUGGAGGUAACAUGUGCACGGGUAGAAGGUUAUCAUCGAGUUCUCUACAAGCGCGCCUGUGGGUCUGGCUCCCGUCGAGAAGUAGCCCUGGAGGAGAGUGGUGAUGCCUAUUCCCUAGCGGUGCUCCCUGGCGAGGUUACUCCCAGUGACGUCAUACUGGAGUGUGUGCAUGAACCAGACUUGAGCUCUCCUGCUCGGUCGACGGAUGGGAUUGCGCACCCGAGUAGCGAGCUAUUUUCAAUCGAAUCUGAUCCAUUGUUUGAAGAUUCGUGUAUCAUUUCCCGUCUUGUUUGUGAUCGCUUCUCGGCCAACAUCAACAUCUCGUUAAGCUAUCCCCAUUGCUGUUCGAUGUGCGGAGGGCCUCUCAUCGUUUCAACUCUAGCCAUGAGUAAGGCGCCGGCAGAGACACAGGAAUUGAAAGGCUCUAGCAUCCACACCGCUGCACCAACACUCAAGCUGGGAUCAGAAAUGGCAACAGUGCGGACCACAACUAACACCAGUAGUAGCGUCCAGGGCAGCAGCAGCAGCAGCAGCGACAGCAACAGCAGCAACAGCAGCAGCAUCGGGCUUGAACUAACCCUGGGACUGCUAUUCAGUCUACUCUUCAUUCUUAUUGUGUUCGUCAUCCUUUGCGUACGAUAUCGCCUCACAAGGAGCAAGCUGAUUUCCAAGUCGUUUCGGCCCACACUUCGGCCACAAGACGGCACUAAUCUCGUACCAUCACACACUCCUGUGCUGCCAAUUACGCCAUACACUGCCUUUGUCCGAAGCAGCAAACCGAUUCCGAAGUUAACAAAGGAUGGCUCCAAUGCUCUAUCAGUACACACUCCCGUUCUGCCAAGCACGCCAGUGGUCGAUAUUGCAGCAAACUACAUCGACUUUGUCCCAAGCAGCAAACCGACCCCGACGAUAUCCAGUCGACCUCGGUCAACGGAUUGCGCCACUGGUAUUCCAGAACACACAGCCGUUAGGUCUAGCACGCCAGGACUGGCAGAAGGUGAUAAUGGAUCUCGCUAUGACGUAAACACACUGCAAUACUGUCACGCAUAUGUCUCAGGAAGUGAAAAGGAAGACUCUGCUGUUCGACACCCCAGCUCUCCCCCAAUACGGCUACCGAUCUUGUAUUCACGUCAAGCCUCCCUUCAGGCUGGGCAAGACAGAUGCACUACGCCGCCCUCGCCAUGCAAUGCUUCGUCAACUGUUUCACCAUAUUCCAGGUCGGAAGUUUUCCAACAGGCCAAUGAAGUUAGCGGCAGGCUGUCCUUGCACUAUCCACAGUAUCCAGACCAUGGGUGUACUGCAGAUGCUACGGUGAAUAGGAGUAUUGUACCAGAGUUAUCUCAAUGACUCAAAUCACUGUGUUAUCUUUGUCAAAAUAAUCACAUUAUGCCAGUCUGAAUGUGAUGCACGGUAAUAACAUUAUGUAAGCGAUUUUUGGCCCAAUCAGGGAGCCUUCUAGACUAGUAGUACAAGUCGGCAAUGAGUAGUACCUGGCUAUAGCGCCCACUCCGGUAAGAUGCCACCUGUCUUAGCGACCACCCAUCCCAUAACAGUAUACCAGAACAUGCCUCCACAAGCCUGCUAACCCGUAUUGAAAGGCCUUUUAGGGUCAUCUUUUAGGGUCAUCUCAAAUCCCAUACCAUGUCUUAGCAAACAUUCUGACCUGUGUAUUAACGACCACUGUUCCUGAAAAUAUUAACAUGUAAAAACAUAUCGGGCUCAAAUCCUGCUUCAUCAUACAAUCCAACUUGAUCAGACUACCACUGGCUGAGAUGGACAGCUCUCCAGUGCACUGUGGACCUGUUGUGGUGAACUCCCUUACGACACGCUUCACUUUACAUGUAUGUGUAGCACAGCAGAUCAUUAUUAACAGUAACAGCUGUUCAGACAAUAAUAAUUAUGUAGGUUUGCAACGGGAAAACCAAAGUUA